AUGCUUAACGCCUUAAGCCCAUCGAUUCCUCUCCCGAUAUAUGGUUUGCCCCCGGGAUACACCCCUCCUGUCGGAGAUUACUCGGAAGCGGAGCAUGCGUCAUUCUCGUUUCCCACCACCAUCAAUGUACCGCCAAUCAGCACUCAGGGUCCUGUCUCAGUGUCGGCACCCAUGACAGGUGUAGGGAUGAAUGAGACAACCACACUUGCAGGAGCGCGAGUAACAGUUAUACCCCAACCUGCAUACAUGGCUACUGGGGAAGAUUUCUCAUCCAAGGCUACACCACACACUGCCCUACAUGGAGUAAUGACUAGCAUUGACGGGGCCAAAAGCAAGCUCGAAAUUCUGGAAGAGAGGUUAAGGGCCAUAGAAGGAGUUGAAAGUUAUGGAUUCGGCGACAUUGCAAGACUGAGCUUGGUGCCCGACGUGAAAAUACCGCAUAAGUUCAAGGCGCCAGAGUUUGAGAAGUAUAAGGGAAGUACAUGCCCUAAAAGCCAUCUGACCAUGUAUUGUAGAAAGAUGGCCGCAUAUGCUUACGACGAGCAGCUACUCAUCCACGUUUUCCAAGAUAGUUUGGCUGGGGUGGCGUUGAACUGGUAUACCCACUUGGAGUCAGUUCGAAUUCGUUGCUGGGCGGACUUGGCUGACGCCUUUGUGAAACAAUAUGUAUACAAUACACAUGUUGCACCAGACCGUCUGCAGUUGCAAAAUAUGGCGAAGAAAGAAAAUGAAACUUUCAAGGAAUAUGCCCAACGAUGGAGAGAGUUAGUCGCACAAGUUGAGCCGCCUUUGUUUGACAAAGAGAUGGUUGCGAUGUUCGUAAACACGCUCCAGCUGCCAUUUUAUGAGCAUAUGAUUGGAAAUGUGUCCGUUAAUUUUGCUGAUGUCAUCAUAAUUGGCGAAAGGAUAGAAGUCGGGCUGAAAAGCGGAAAAAUUGCCUAUGGCCCGUCUACGGCUGCGAAUUACGAAAAACCCAGUUUCAAUCCAGGAAAGAAGAAGGAGGGGGAUGUGCAUGUAGCAUCGGUGUGGAGAGAUCAAGCUCUCACUCCUAGUUAUCGACCAUGCUUAAGCCAACCUCCCUAUGUUGUUAAUACCUCGUUUGCUCAUCAAAUUCGGCCACGACAACAACAAGGGUAUUGUCCACCGCAUCGCAUCCCAACCGAAGCUUGGAAGGCUGGGGCGAACACGAACCCAAAUCUGAAUACGGGUCAAAAUACCAACCCAAGGAGGAAUCAGUUUGUUAACUUUACCCCUAUCCCUAUGACGUACGCGGAGUUGUUACCUAACCUGGUCGAGAAGGGUCUGGUCGCCAUUUGCCCGAUGAAGCCUGUACAACCUCCAUACCCUAGGGGUUAUGAUGCAAAUGCCAAGUGUAGUUAUCAUGGGGGGGGGGGCGUUUGUCAUUCGACGAUUGCUGUUAAGGGAUGUUGA